CUACUCUUAAAGCCCACAAGACACAAUCGUGUGACAGCAGCGUAAUACUCCAGACAGGAGAGCAUGAUCGGCCAUGAGACGCCUCAUGUCUCAAGGGCACAUUUAACGGCUAAUGAAGCAUUCUUCAGCACGGAGAAACGGAUUCUACUGGCGCUUUAAGCACCCAGGAUUAAUGCGAGUCAUUUAGAGAGACAGAGAAAGGCCUGAAUCAUUCACAGCAGGGAACUGUUUAAGUGGCCACCUUGCUUUGGACAGGCAUUAGCCAGGAAUGGUGGAUCACUUGCGUCUUGAUGAAGAGACUUUCUUUCCUUACACUUGUUUGCUGCCAGCCCAUAACCCAUCGGAUAUGGUGACAGACGAGGGGGUGUACCAUAUGCUUCCAUCUCCAUUCUCAGAGGAUAACCUGAGUGACUCAUCUAGCCCACGUUCCUGUUCCAGCCCUGAGUCUCAGGGGUUGGGCUCUAGUUGUGGGAGUAACUCGAGUGGAGAGAGCCAAGAUGGCCUCCUUGACUUCCUUCACUCUCAGUCCCUAACCUUGAGCCAAAACUCCUCACCCUUAAUAUCUCCCAUGGUUCCUCCUGUCCUUCCAAUGGGGCUGGCUUGGGAGUCACGACGGGACCGUGCCAAAGAGGAGUGCUUUGAGUUCCCUGUUUUCCCUGGAGACUUGGAGGACCAUGCGGGGCUACUGUUUCAGCCCACUCUGGAGGAGAUUGAGGAAUUCCUGGAAGAAAACAUGGAGGUGGUGGCUUUGAAGGAGGAAGCUGGCGAGGGUCUAGUAACCUGUGCAAGCAUCCAAGGAGCUACAGAACCUCGGGCUCAAAGCUUAGACCAAACAGUGCCUGUCUUGAGUGACAUAGUUGAUGCCAACUCUGAUCCCAAAAGUCCCACAGUAGGGACCUCAACAAAUCCUCAGAGCUCGUUGAAAAGGGAGGACUCUUCUGGGAAGGUUGUGAUGGUGGAGAGUCCUAGCAUGCCUGUGAUUCUACAGCUUCAGCCCAUUCAAGUGAAACAGGAAUCAAGCCCUAAAACCCCAUCCCCCUCAUCGCCAACACCACCUGCUUCGGACAUCAAAAUAGCCCAGCUCCUCGUCAACAUCCAGGGUCAAACCUUUGCUCUGGUUCCUCAGGUGAUCCCACCAGCCAGCCUUAACAAUUCUUCCUCCAAGUUUGUCCGCAUUGCCCCAGUUCCCAUUGCCGCUAAACCCUUAGGUCUUGGGGAGAACGGGACAGGUGACGGCCAGGGCACAGGGCUUGUAGUUGGGGGUCAUAAAUUCCAGAAGAGCUUGGUAGCUGAUCUUAUAAAAAUGCACAAGUGUACUUUCCCUGGCUGUGCCAAGAUGUACACCAAAAGCAGCCACCUUAAGGCCCACCUGAGGAGACACACAGGCGAGAAACCAUUCGCCUGCACUUGGCCUGGCUGUGACUGGAGAUUCUCCCGGUCGGACGAGCUAUCGCGGCAUCGCCGGUCUCACUCUGGAGUGAAGCCCUACCAGUGCCCCGUCUGUGAGAAGAAAUUUGCCCGCAGUGAUCACCUGUCCAAACACAUCAAAGUCCAUCGCUUUCCACGAAGCAGCAGGACAGCGCGCACUGCACACUGACCCUGCAAACCCCCCACCGUGGAGACACAGAGAUAGAAAGAGCAAACCAACCAACGAAAGACUUGUGGUACUGUGAUAAUUUAUUACUUGAGGCUCGGAUGAGCUGAAGAAGAGUUUGUUUUGAAACUGUUACUUGACUCGUCGGCCUCACAGAUUCGUAGAUUGUAUUUUUGUAGCGUUCAACGAUUGUUUUCUAUGUUUUCGAGAGCAAGUGUAACGUUCAAAGCAUUUUUUUUCCCGAUGUGUGAAUUGUUGAUGUAUCUGCCCGUCAUCAACAUUCCUUGUUUAAUAUCAUGAUAAAGUUGCUUCUUUUUGCCAUCGUAACGUGUUUAGCUUCUCUAAACCAAAAAAUCAAACAAAGAAACAAACUGGAGUUCAUUUGAGCUACUGAUCAUUGGUACCUAGUGGGCACCUUGAUGUCAAAACAUACAUACACAUGUCUACAUUUCUGGAGAGUGCAAAUUAUAUAGCUAGAGGUAUGUCUGGCUACAUUUUGUCUUUAAAAUGAAAGCUACAGGGUGGUAUGACACCGCCAACGGCUUCCGUCAUUUUCACGCUACCAGCUAACCGCUUACCUCCGUAUGGACAUUUUUUCCGGUGUUGCCAGUUUGCUCAGUAGCUUGUCGCAUACGUCGAUGGACUUGGUGUGCGGAGCGGAGUUGACUGCAACAUCAGGGUUCGAGUCCGACGACAAAACGGUUCCAGACACCAGGUAAAACAAAAGCAAAAGUAAAAUAAACAACAGGCUGAAAACGACAUGGUAAAAUGCCUUAACAGCUUUUCUUUUUUAGAUUGCUUUUGAAAACAAUCUGGUUGGGUUCAGGGAAACCAAACGGUUGGGUUUAGGGAAAGGGGUGAGUGGGUGGGUUAGUCGGUCGACAGCAAGCUGGCCUGGUCGGCUGAAGUUCGCUUGAGUGUGCAUGGCGAAUGUGACAUCAUCGAGGUGUUUGUGGAGGUUUGCUUUGGGUGCAUGCGACAUGCUUUCGGCUGACGGAGAACACAAAAUUUUUUGAGACUCAAGUGAACAGUGCGCGCAGCGCCACGUUUGAUUUGAGUUAAAAAUGAAUCACUUUGAUGAGAUUUUGUCUGAAAAUUAUUGGCUAGAAAUUGCAACAGCCGUGAGAAAGGAAGAAGGUUUUUGUUAAAAAGUAGAAAAACCAGAGGUAUAAGUUUGUUAAAACCAAAAAGAGAGGUCAUGGCAAAAGUGGAGACCCAUGUGGUUUUAAUAAACAUUUACAGAAUAUAUUUUUCCACCAUUUAUAGGUUUACCACUGAUGUAUUUAUUACAGUUUUGAAUUUAAAACAAUUUAAUAGUUACAAAACUAAUAUGAAGGAACAAAUAAUUUCUUUGAUAACUGGAAAUUAAUAUAUGAACCUAUCAGUUUACAAUAUACUGAUGCUCUGUUUUUCUAGGCUUUAGAGGACAGAAACUAACCAGACAGUAAUGUGCGAAUUGUGGGCUAAAUGUGAGCUAAAUCUAAAAAAAGCUAUCAGUAUUGUUUAGCAAAUGUACUUUUUUUUGUUAAGCAGCCUAUGUUCUGUUGUCAUUUAUAUAAACUUUAAUAGGUAGAACUGUCCGAGAUAUGAACAAAAGCAAGUGAUGCAUCAAAGUUUAAUUUAAAAAAAUCUUGAAUGGUUAUAAAAAUAUUUAUAAUGAUUAAAAUAAUAAUUUCUAAAAAUAAUAAAAAUAGUUUAAAAAUCUUGCAUAAUAUUAAUGAUAUGAUGUAGUUCCGGAAACUUCCUACUUUUAUGUUUCUCCAUCUGAUUUUACGAUCGCUUUCUUUUGAGCAACCCCUGUCAUUUAAAGAAUAUCUCAACGGUGAAUGCGUCAAUUAUAAAAGUCUUGUCCAUUUCGUGAGGUGCGUGCUCAGUCAGCAGACUUCCGUAAUGCAGCGCCAGGCGAAAGUGUAAAUCAGCCAUAAGAGAAAUUUGAGAUCAUCAAAAAGCGCACACAGUGGCAUCUGGUGGAUUUCCAAAAACAAAAACUACGAGCAGACGUACCUCCAGUUACGAAUUUCACUGUUCCCAGAUAUGUAGACCUGAGUGUGUCCCAAUGAGUCUGGAUGGUAAAAAAAUGUCAAAAAUGCUAAUUGAUUUUAUGUUUAAAUCUUGACGUCCAUUUGUCAUCCACACACUGAUGCCAUUUCGACCACCGAAAUCACGACAGAAAAGUAUUGUGAUAUUAAAACUACAAAUGUACACUGGAGUUUGUAUCCCUGCUAUGUAAACUACCUUGAUUUCAAAAUGACAUCAAAUGGGUUAUAUGCACAGCUGGUGUUUUUCAGCCAAUGAUGAACUUCCGGUGAAGUUCCGGUGUUUAUGUGACUAUUUUCAAUUCCAUUACAGGAUUGAUGUUGUAAUUCAAAUAUAUUCAGUUAAAUAGACUUAAGCAUCCAUUUGGUUGAGACGAAAGAGAUAAAAGACGCUAUUUUAAACACAGGUGCCGAAAAUUUGAAAUACUAUAGGGGAAAAUAUAAUUUAAUGCAGUGCUUCUUGUUUUGUCUGACCCACUUUAUAUCACAUUUCAGCAAGGUAGUGAAGAUUGCUGUUUUUUUAAAGAAAUCAGAUCUUAAACGUGGUGAUUUUGCAUGGGAUGACAAUUCACCGGAAGCCCUGGGGCUAGCUGGCUGACAUUAAACAUCUGUGUGCAUAUAGGCCAUUGACGUUUAAUAUUGGCGUCAAAGAACACCUAAAAAUAAAUUGAGGUGUUUUUCGACUUUAAUGUUGAAUGUCAAUGUAAUGUCGUUUUGACAUCAAGAUAGCAUUUUUGAUUUUUAAAAAAAUAUUUUUUGCCAUCAAGGUGCCUGCUGGGUAGGACUGUGCCAUUAUAAGCUAUUGGCAAACAUGGAGGCUUUUCCUCUUGACUUUCAGUUGUAUGCCUGCAAACUGUGAAGGACAGACCAUAUAGCGAAAUCAACCGAAGUCAAAACACGCACAUUUGUUGGAUGUGAAUCGGCCUUCUGAUCAGUAUUGAAUUGAUCUUCAUUUCAUUCUUCAUUUUUGUCAUUUCAUUGGUUGCUUUCAUCCAAAAAAAAAAAAAAAAAAAAAUAGCUUCUGGGCCUUUCUCUAAUCUAAACGUUCACAAUGGGGGCCAAGGCAUUUGUGGUUGAAUGCUUGCGGUUUGAAGAGAUUUUCAACACGUUUUGUCUGAGAAAUAUGAUAGUGAGUCAAUAGCUAAGCUAGGUUAAUACAGACGUAUCAACCCUUCGUAACCUGCCUCAAACAGUCCUUUUGACCUGGGACUACUACACUAUCUGCCAAAAUGACAAGCUUGAACGACAGAAACUGGAAUUGCAAGGUGCUAACCGGUCUGAACCGCGAGCUCCUGCACACACAGGGGACGCUUGCAGGUCAAAUCCUCAUGCAUGGGAAGUGAAGUCUGGGACGCAUCUGGAGCUCUUCAUGGGAACUGUAGUCAUGGGCACAGCUUGACUACUGAUAGGACAUGCAGACCAUGUGUUCGCUAAAAGAAAAUGGGUGUGAUAUCCAGUGGGGUGCUGAUAGUUCAUGCUAAUAUUUAACGUGUUGUAUAAUUGGGUUUUUUGGAGAGCUUUGUAACAAUGCAAUCUGAUCUAUGCAGUCUGUUUUCGCCAAAACUGUAGUCCAACAAACCCAGAGUGCCUCUUUUUACUGCACCGACAGGCACAGCCGUACGCGCAUUCGCCGAUAUAAUGUGACGACAGGACAAUUCUGCCAUUUCAAGAACCAGAACCAUCUCAAGCUGCCAUUUGACUGUGGUUUGAGGGAUCACGUAGAAAUGAUUACGGUAUGGUUUUGCUGCUCUGCUUAUAAUAUUUAGCAACUGUUGUGGUCUGGAAAUCUGAUCUCACAUCAGAUGUUGAUGAGCGCGAGGAAACCAGACCUCUCGCAGACCAGAAGAUUCCUCUUAGGAAUGAAGGAGACGUACAGUAUGUGGAUGUUUUGCUGCUGUUUUGUGCCUGUUUAACAUGCAAACCGGUGCCAUCGUAUCAUCAACCCCCACUCAGUACAACUACAUCACCAGUAACACAGACACCCAGGCGGAGGCUGCUGUUAGCAAUGCAUUCCUUGCCGUCUACAUGAAAUUUCUCGGUGAAAUCGGUGCUUGUGGCCAACAUUGAAUGUAUGUAUACUGUAUGUACAGGCUUUGUACAAAAUGUUGUUGGAUCAGAGAGUACCGGAUAUUCUUCUACUGACGUAUCUCACGUCUUUGAUUGUAUAAAUGUCCCCUGUAAAAUGUAAACCAAUGUACAUAAUAACAAUUCAAUAUAUAUAUAUAUAAAUAUUAUAUAUUUUUCUUGAUAUAUGUCAGAUGCAUUUACAAAUAAAUGGAAAAUAAGAA